AUGGACAACGACGUGUUCUACCGCAUGUUUCGGUUUGAGAAGAUCGACUUCCGUGACCUGGUAUCAACUCUUCAGAUUCCGGAAGAGGUCGUCAGCGCCCAGCGCGUCCGUGUUUCAGGCAACGAGGCGCUCUGCAUUACGCUUCGGCGCCUAGCCUACCCGAACCGUCUGUGCGAGCUCGAGCUACUGUUCAAUAGGCACAGCUCUGUGCUAUCGAGCGUGGUGUCAACAGUGUUAGCGCACAUCGAGUACCACUUCGACCAUCUACUCGCUGACCUGACGACGCACCAAUGGUUGAACUUGCUCGCCAUCGAGAACUUCUCUGAGGCUGUCCAUGCAAAAGGUGCCCCGCUGGACAAUUGCUGGGGGUUUAUAGACGGCACAGCACGUCAAAUUUGUCGCCCGACAGUUGAGCAGCAAGAACACUUUUCAGGGCACAAGAGGCACCAAGUGCAAAAGUAUCAGGCUGUGAUGUGCCCAAAUGGAAUCAUUUGCCAACUGGAUGGGCCUUUCAAGGGGCGGCGUCAUGAUGCGGGCAUUCUCAAGGCAACCAAGUUAUAUGAAAACCUCGAGAAGGUCACAAUGGGCAACAAGUUCGUGAUUUAUGGCGACCCUGCCUACCCUUUGCUCCCACUCCUAUACAAGCCGUUUGGAGGCACCACCCUGCAACCUUACGAGGCAUUUUUCAAUAAGAGGAUGAGCAGGGUGCGGCAAGCUGUGGAGUGGAGGUUUGGCAAGGUUGCCACAGAGUUUGCCUUUGUGCACUUCCACAAGAAUAAAAAAAUGUCGCGUCAGCGAGUCGGACUAAAGGAAAGGGUCCGAGGUAGUGUGGGUGGAGGGCAGGCCGAACAGGUCCAUGGUGCAUGA